GAAACAAAGGAUCCAAGCAAUGUAUGUAGUAGUACUUGCCAGCUCGACCGGACCGAGCCGAGCCAAGCCGCGAGCCCAAAUGCUCGACCCCCCCUCACGUCACGCGCCCACCCCCGGCGACCCCUCAACGGCUCGACCGUACCGUAUACCCCAACCCCCCCUACACUUGCGGCUCAUGCGCCCGGCACUUCAUCGCCGCUCUCACCGACCGCAUCAUCCCUCCCCUUUUUUUCUCUCUUUAACCCUAACCACCAAAUCCACACGCCACAUCAACACCCAAACACACAAAAAGAGCUCGCGAUGGGCGACUUAACGGAGACCCUGACGCCGUCACCGGCCCCGGCCGCCUCGCAAUCGCGGCCUUUACCCGUUCGCGAGGACUGCUGGAGCGAGGACGCCACUUCCACGCUGGUCGACGCUUGGGGACGCCGUUAUAUGGAGCUGAACCGUGGGAACCUCCGUCAGAAGGACUGGCAGGAUGUGGCGGACGCCGUCAACGCCCUCCACGGCCACACCAAGAAAACGCACCGGACCGACGUGCAGUGUAAGAACCGUAUCGACACCAUUAAGAAGAAGUACAAAAUCGAGAAGGCUAGGGUUUCGUCAUCCGACGGAACGCUAACCUCCUCGUGGCCUUUCUUCGAGCGCCUCGACGCUCUCAUCGGAUCCAGUGUGUCCGCCAAAAAACCACCGCCUCCGACGCAGCCUUCCCGCUCCUUGUCGCCGUCGCCUCCGGUCGCUGUUCCUCUUUACCCCAAGAAACCGCCGCCUUCGCUCAAUUACACGGCCGUUGUGCUGCAGCAGAAGAGGCCAUCUCCGGCGACCGACGAGGGGUACUUCAGGAGGAACUACUCGGCGAUGGCGGCAGCUGCGGCCGCGGCGGAGGACGCGGAUGACGUGGAGGAGGAGGAGGAGGAGGAGGAGGAUGAGGAAGAGGAGCCGGAGGAGGAGAGAGAGACGUCGGAGGUGGAGGAGAGAGAGGGGAUGAGGAGGUUGGCGAGGGCGAUAGAGAGGUUCGGAGAGGUUUACGAGAGGGUGGAGAGGGAUAAGCUGAGGCAGAUGGUGGAAUUGGAGAAGCAGAGGAUGCAGUUCGCCAAGGAUUUGGAGGUGCAGAGGAUGAAUAUGUUCAUGGACACGCAGGUUCAGCUCGAGAGGAUCAAGCAUGGCAAGCGUUCCAGAUCCAAUGGUUCACUGUGAGCUGUCACUGUACUUAAAAAAAAAAAAAAUUCAAGUCAAUUGUUAAGAUGGCAUUGCCUUUCAUCAAUUGCGUGAAAGGUCUUGGUUUUAGUUGCGUUUUUCAACUUUGAGGUUUUAAACACACCGUGACAGGGAGUCAGUGAGGGCCUCGGCUUGAUUCGAGAGUUAGUGGUGAGCUUUCGGGCCAUGAAGCUAUGAAGUGCUUGAUUACUGCAUGUUGAAGUUGUUUUCAGCGGCAAUGUUCAGUUUCUCCAUGUAUUUGCAUGAUUGUUGUUUUUCUUAGAAUUUAUUAGAAUCUAUCUCUUCGGUUAGUUGUUCUCAGAUUAUUGAGGAGGGAUUGUUUCAGUUUAAUGUCUUUUAUAGGUUGGGGAUUUGGUCCUAGAGUCGUGCUUCAGUUACUCUUGAGAGUGUGAUCUACUUCUGGAGGUCUGAAAAGAUGAUCUUAAAUUAUAUUAAUGAGAUUAGCUUGUCAGGAUGGAGAUGUGCUUUAAGGAGUUGUCAAGUGUGGGAGAUUGGACAACUAUACUCAACUUGUUAUGAUUUGCUCUCUUAGACAGAGAUGACCCAAAAAUGUUUUAUUAUCAGCUCAGGCAUAAUAAUUUUGGACUGAUCUGAGGCGAGUUUCCUUA